UCUUCUUCUUCUUCCCCUGGGCAGUUGGGGGUUCCUGGAUCGAACGCCUAGGGUUUGAACGAGCACACGAGCCACCAGCCCACCACCACCACCACCACCACUAUCACCCACCAUGAAACGGCCGCCACCACGCGAUGAAGCGGCGGCGGCGGGCAGCAGCGGAGGAGGGUUCAACAAGGGAAAGGGGAGGUGGGGCGGGAAGAAGCGGAACGGGCAGCGGCUGGGAGGCAGCGGCGGGGCGCUCUCCCUCGCGGCCUUCGCCAACGCCAAGUCCAGGAACACCGGCUACAACCCGGCACUCAUCAAGAAGCAGAAGGAGUUCUACAGGAAUGCUAAAUUGAUUAGCAAGUACAAGAAGUCGAAGAAGCACCAAAAUCAGUCAAACUAUCCUCCACUUCCAACCCCUGAGGAAGGAGGUGCUGAUGCAUCGGAUGUGCCAAAACCACAUGAUAAGAGGAAGAAGCGCACUUCACAAAGCUUGAAUGUGGAGUACGAGAAGAAACGUGUAGAGGAUGAGAAGGCAAAGAAGGAGCGGGAUGCGAUGAUACAGGCCAAGAAGGAGGAGCGAGAGAAGUCUGAAGCGAAGAGAAAGGAGCUUAGGGAGAAGAUGUUCAAGAGGACACGAUCCGGGCAGCCUGUGAUGAAAUACAGGAUCGAGCAUCUCUUGGAGACUGCACUAGAAAGCUCAAACAAGAGCCAAGGCUAGCCCUUGAGAGGGUGAGGAGCCAAGAAUUGAUGAAGAACCAUAAGAUCCUUGAGUAGCUAGCUAUGGAGGUUGCUACUACAUAACACUAGCCUUUUCUUUCCAGGUGAAGAGUAUCAAGGCAAAUCUAGAGGAUAAAGGAUAUCUCUAUCAAGACAUAUAUUCCAUUCUUAAGUGCUGGGAUGUUUGCGUCAUGUGUUAAAACUGCAGUUUUUUUUUGGAAAAAACACCCUGGUAAUAUAUAUCUGACUUUCUGUAGAUGCUUGUACCACCAUACAUGUAGCAACUGUGUGGUGCCACAUGCAACACCUCUCUCUCCCUCUCUC